AUGGCGCCCAAAGUAGACCCCAACGAGAUCAAAAUCAUCCACCUGCGUGCCCAGGGAGGUGAGGUCGGUUCGUCCGCCUCGCUCGCUCCCAAGAUUGGUCCGCUCGGUCUGUCUCCCAAGAAGGUGGGAGAGGACAUUGCCAAGGCCACCCAGGAGUGGAAGGGUCUGCGCGUUACUGUGCGUUUGACCAUCCAGAACAGACAGGCUGCCGUCUCGGUGGUGCCUUCUGCCUCUUCCCUGGUCAUCAAGGCCCUCAAGGAGCCUCCCCGAGACCGCAAGAAGGAGAAGAACAUCAAGCACUCUGGUAACAUCUCGCUCGACGAGGUCGUCGAGAUUGCACGCAAGAUGCAGUUCAAGUCCAUGGCCAAGGACCUUCAAGGAACUGUCCUUGAGAUUCUCGGCACAUCCUUCUCUGUUGGCUGCACCGUCGAUGGACGCAACCCCAAGGAGCUUGGCGACGACAUCAAGGCUGGCGAGGUUUCCAUCCCAUCCGAGUAG